UAUUUAAUCAUUCAUGUAGAAUUUGUAUAGAGAUACAAGUGUGUAAUAUAAUUUUGAAUAUAGGAGCAAUCGUUGUCACUGAUAUUACGACAAACUUAUAUUUUACGAUGAUUUCCGCUUCCGUGUUAAUUAAAUUCGUCCAAUCAAAAAACGCUUACAUUUGCAGCGACAUCUGACGUUCAGCUUUUGAAAUACAAGUGGGAAAUACAAACAGGUGGUUGAAUGUCAUAAGUUGGUAAUAUUAAUCAGGUCCUGUAUUAUCCACAUGUGAAUGGUUUAAAACCCUAUUGCCUGAAUGAAAUUUUCUCAGAAUGGAAGACGAGCUGGCUUUAUUGGUGGAUGUCACUGUUCCUCCAGAGAUGGACUCUCCUUUAGAUUUUUCACGCCCUAUCAUCAGCAAUCAAAGUCCGCGGGUGUCUUCUAAGCUAACAGAAGAUACUAGCAACAAGGAAAAUGCAGAUGCUACUAUAGACUCUAUUGAGAUUGAGCGAAGUGAUGAAAGUGAUCGCCGCCACAGCCUUACUCUGUCCACUCCAGGAGCCCUUCAUCAACGCAUAUUAAGGGAUGUCACUGAGAAGUCCAUCUGUAGUAAUGCUGUGUCUAGUCCAGUUAUUUCCAUGCUUGAAGAUGAGAUAUUUGAUUUCGACUUUGCCUUAUCACCAGCUUCCAGUAGAUCUCUAGAGCACGGUAAAGAGGAGGAAGAGGAUGAAGAGGAGGUAUUCUUUGGACCCGUGGGAUUUGCAGAGAGAUGUAUGGCUCAGUCUGUAGGACCAGAAGUGAAACCAUUAAGUCCACUUAAUGCAAGUCAAAUAGCAGAACUUGUCAAGGAGGCUGCGCUAGUCGCUUAUAGACUAAAGACAGAUUGUAAAAGUUCCUCGUUUAACGACAGUGAUUCUCCCCCUAAAAAGCGGCAUUCUCGUAGUGGAACAUUUACGAUGGACAACAGCCCUCUUAAACUAUUAUCUCUGCCUAUCAUAGAGUCUGAUCAUGAGGAGCCGAGCCCCGCUGUGGCUGUAAAGAAUCCUGACAGUUCAGACACAAGAAAUGGAAACACUGUCACUAAGGGUAACAAAGAAAAUCUGAUUCAGCAGGGGAGAAAACUUUUAACACCAAAUGGGACAAAGUCACGAAGAUCAGGAGUUGUACCUCCAGCUAACAAGGCUAAGAAAAGUUUACAAGGGAUAUUUAAGACAAAACCCUCAGAGAAAAAACCUGAUGUAGCGAUAUCAGCAGGAAGUGGAGUAGAUGCAUCAAGGCCUGAUGUGAGAUCGCGGACCAGCAACCCUGUACCUGUCAUCAAACAGGCAUUGACAAGCAAGAUACCAGACAAGAAGAGUGGUCUCUCAAAGCCAGUACAAAGACUCCAGCCUCCUAAAAGUCAUUCUGCUGUUAAAGCCAUAGAUACUGUUACAUCUGCAGCCACCACAGGGAGCAGACCUCCUCUUACCAAAGAAUCGGACCAGUCUACAAACAUUUCUAUAGAUACAUCAGCAAGUAAACCAUUGAAUAAUUCUAAUCGACGAUCACUUCAACCCCCAAAAAGUUCCUUAGCUGUAAAAACUGACUUGUCUGCAAAUAGGAGCAUGACUACAACAAUGAAUCGCAGAUCACUUAAUACGGCUGUGAAUGUAACGAGCAAUAGAUCCAUCACUUCAGCAUCGUCCUCAGACAAGGACAGUAAAAAGGUUUCCAGCAAUAGUACAAAGCUGAACAGAUCCUACACUAUCUCAGAGCCCAAGUCGGCACAGACAUCAAACAUUCCAGGAAGUAAACGACCAGCAUCCAAACUAAGCUUAUUACAGCCUGGUCAGAUCAAGAAAAAGACCCUAGCCAUGCCUAAUAACACCAAAGUAUCAAAUGGUCCAGUCAAGGCCAUCGCUCCCACUGGGAUCCAGUCACGCACAGUGGAGAGGAAGCCCAGUGUUGGGGUAGGGUCAAUCUCCUCUAGUCAGGAUGUUUCUAUGUCUACACCAAUCAAAGUACAGAAGAAUGUCCAACCUAAGCUCUUGUCAGACACCUUUACGGCCACACCCUCCAGUUCAGGAAGCUCUAGUAAUUUCAUGAGCAGUACUCCCGCCUCUGCCAACAAACGACGAUCAUGUCUACCGACACCCAACUCUUCUAGGACCAGUUCCAUAGGCUCCAUUCCUCCUCCCAGCCCACUGUCCUUCAGAAGUGGUAGCAGCACGUCCUCAUUUGGCAGUGUGAGUGACUCUCCCUUCACCACUGGGGGACGGGGCAGACGGUUGCCCAGGAAACAGAGUGUUGGAACAUAUGGUUGUCUGGACGAUAUCAAUGAGAACUCCCCCAGUGCUCUGAUGCCUAGGAAACAGAGGGUGGUUAAUACCCCUAACCAGCCCCAGCAGAAGAAGAUAUCUAAGUGGUCUCCAGUACGGAAGGCUAAACCCCUGUGUCUGGAUGAAGCGGUAACCCAGUGUACCAAGCGAACAUAUAACCGAUAGAUUGUUAUGAAAUAUUAGGGUGGUGGAAUAGACAUCAAGGGAGAAAAAUAUACAAAAAUAUGUUUACUACGUGUUAAUAUCUUCUUAGGAAUUUAUACAUAUAUGUAUACAGUAGGCCGUAGGAUCUGUGUAAUGAUCCGUUUUACUGUACUUCUCACCAGUCUGCCAUUUAAUCAGUUUGAUAUAAUUAGUAUAUCAAAGUCAUUAGUACCAUUAAAUAAUCAGAUCUAUUAUUUUUUCAAUAACUGAAAUCUAACCAGAGUUAUAUAUAUGAUUAUGAUUUGCGUGUUAGUAAUUUUCAGUACCUGUACCAAUAAGAAAACAUCAUUUAUUAUGUUGCUAGGUUGUUAACAUUCAGAUCAGAUGAUCAUUUGAUUUCAAACAUUUCUGUGUUGUUUUUCUUACAAUUUCUUACUUUAAUUUUUCUUCCUUUUUUUUUUUAAACUGAACUGGAAAUAUAGAUCUCCACUAUAAGCAAGAAAUUGUAUGCAGUAAAGAUGUGUACAAUGUAAUUAAAUGAGCUAGUAUAUAUUGAAAUGCAGAAAUCAUAAUUUGUUAAGAUAAUUAACCAUAGAUAUCAUGUUAUUCAAACAAAAUAAAAUUUAUUUUAGAUUAACCCCUAAUAAUGAUUGUCAUUUUUUUUUUCAAAUAUUUAAAAAAAAAAGUUAAACAGUGAAAACAAAAUUUGUUGAAAAAAAUUAUUUUCAGACUUUCUGGAGCAUGCUUAUUUAAUGCCUGAGAAUAUCAGCUGUUCACUCGUCACUUACCUGUACACAGGUGUGUACUAUAACUUGUUUGUAUAGAGAUUAGUGAUAUGCCUGGUUUAACACCCACAGGGUAUUUCUACAAUCUGGACUUCCUUGGAGCCUAAGAUAACUCCAGGGAUAUAUAUUUACAUUGUGUAUCUUUCGAACAAAUACAUUGUGUAUCUUUCGAACAAAUAAAAAUUUUUGUUUUUGCUUUGUACACUAGUUCAGGCACAAAACAGUUUGUGUUGUCAAGGCUGUAAUGAAGGUGUCUUGUCCAAGCAGAUAGAUAUCAAUCAGUAGUUAAUAAGAUACCUUCAGGGAUAUGGAAGGUCUACAGGUUUUUUCCUGUAAUACACAGCAAUAACAGUUUUAAAGAAUCAGCUUUUUAAUAGUUACUGUUAUUUCCAUUUUUAAAUUUAAUUGGACAAAUUAAUCUUGGUUAUCUAUGAUCAAUGAUGGUUUCAUUAUAACACAAGAACUUUCGAGAGUUUUCAUUUCAGGUUUCUUCUCUGUCUGUCCUACAUCACACACAUGUAACCUCAUGUCCAUCCUACAUCACACAUAUGUAACCUCAUGUCCAUCCUACAUCACACAUCUGUAACCUCAUGUCCAUCCUACAUUACACAUAUGUAACCUCAUGUCCAUCCUACAUUACACAUAUGUAACCUCAUGUCCAUCCUACAUUACACAUGUGUAACCUCAUGUCCAUCCUACAUCACACAUGUAACCUCAUGUCCAUCCUAUAUUACAUAUAUGUAACCUCAUGUCCAUCCUACAUUACACACAUGUAACCUCAUGUCCAUCCUACAUUACACAUAUGUAACCUCAUGUCCAUCCUACAUUACACACAUGUAACCUCAUGUCCAUCCUACAUUACAUAUAUGUAACCUCAUGUCCAUCCUACAUUACACACAUGUAACCUCAUGUCCAUCCUACAUUACAUAUAUGUAACCUCAUGUCCAUCCUACAUUACACACAUCUAACCUCAUGUCCAUCCUACAUUACACAUGUGUAACCUCAUGUCCAUCCUACAUUACACACAUGUAACCUCAUGUCCAUCCUACAUUACACAUGUGUAACCUCAUGUCCAUCCCACAUUACACAUGUGUAACCUCAUGUCUAUCCUACAUUACACAUGUGUAACCUCAUGUCCAUCCUACAUUACACACGUGUAACCUCAUGUCCAUCCUACAUUACACAUGUGUAACCUCAUGUCCAUCCUACGUUACACAUGUCCAUCCUACAUUACACAUAUGUAACCUCAUGUCCAUCCUACAUUAAACAUGUGUAACCUCAUGUCCAUCCUACAUUACACAUGUGUAACCUCAUGUCCAUCCUACAUUACACAUAUGUAACCUCAUGUCCAUCCUACAUUACACAUGUGUAACCUCAUGUCCAUCCUACAUUACACAUGUAACCUCAUGUCCAUCCUACAUUACACAUAUGUAACCUCAUGUCCAUCCUACAUUACACACAUGUAACCUCAUGUCCAUCCUACAUUACACAUGUGUAACCUCAUGUCCAUCCUACAUCACACAUGUGUAACCUCAUGUCCAUCCUACAUUACACAUGUGUAACCUCAUGUCCAUACUACAUUACACAUAAGUAACCUCAUGUCCAUCCUACACUACACAUAUGUAACCUCAAGUCCAUCCUACAUUACACAUAUGUAACCUCAAGUCCAUCCUACAUUACACAUAUGUAACCUCAUGUCCAUCCUACAUUACACAUGUGUAACCUCAUGUCCAUACUACAUUACACAUAUGUAACCUCAUGUCCAUCCUACAUUACACAUAUGUAACCUCAUGUCCAUCCUACAUUACACACAUAUGUAACCUCAAGUCCAUCCUACAUUACACAUGUAACCUCAUGUCCAUCCUACAUUACACACAUGUAACCUCAUGUUCAUCCUACAUUACACACAUGUAACCUCAUGUCCAUCCUACAUUACACAUAUGUAACCUCAUGUCCAUCCUACAUUAAACAUGUGUAACCUCAUGUCCAUCCUACAUUACACAUGUGUAACCUCAUGUCCAUCCUACAUUACACACAUGUGUAACCUCAUGUCCAUCCUACAUUACACAUAUGUAACCUCAUGUUCAUCCUACAUUACAUAUGUAACCUCAAGUCCAUCCUACAUUACACAUUUGUAACCUCAAAGGUGGUCAAAGCUCUAGCAGCGUCAUUCCUUGAGGGAUUUUGUUCAAACUUCACACAAUGAUAAAAAAAACCAUAAUAUCUCCAAUAGAUUCACGUUUUAGGGUUUUUGGGUCAAGGUUACAGGGAGCUGGUAGGGGACAUGUAUUGCUUUACCCAGUAUGCUUGUUAGUCCCCCACUAGAAACGGGAAGGGGGGUAUAGUUCGUGUUAUGUCAGUCCAUUCUUCACACAAGCAUUUUAUACUAGGGGUAUGUGUUCACCUAAAUGAGGCAGUGUGUCGCUUGCCAAAAGUUGGUCACUCUAACCAACACAUAUAUUAUCGGGCUGAUUUCACACCCUAGAAUGGUCAAUAUCAUAGAUCAAAUUAGUCACAUUGCCUACUUGAAUUUUUUUGUCUUCAUGUCUGAAUCCCGAUAUAAAAUUAGUGAUAAUACUAAAAUUCAUACCACCAAAUGCAAUAAAAUACUGAAUAUGUGUCACCCGAUCCAAUUUCAUGAUAAAUGGACACCACUUAUCAGUAAAUAUCCAUCAGAUUUAUUAUCCUCUGUGCAUUCUUGACAUAAUUUCGCUUUCAGUGGGGGACUGUACUUCACUGAAUUCACUUGUUUAGAUUUGAAUUAGACAGGAAAAAAGAAUUGAACAAUUUAUAUAUUUUCUUUUACCAUAAACAGCAUUAUAACUACAUUAAAUUUCUCAAACAUACUUUGUAGUUACAAAAAUUUACUGCUGGUACAUCUUUUUCCAUAUUGUUAGUAAAAUACUUUGGUGAAUGUUCCACUUCAGAUUAUCAUCGGAUCAUUGAUUGAAGAAGUGGUUUUGAAUUAUCAUACUUUCAUUGCAAUGCUGUGAAAAAUUGUCGUUAAUAAUACAUAACAGUUAUUGGUGAGAAUUUUCCCUGUGAAAAGUGUUACUAUAAAAGCUUACGUGAUAUUUCUCCUGUACUUUUGUGAUAAGAGUGAUUAGUACUGCCAGAAUGAUACUGUUAACAAUAGCUCCUCAUUAUGUAGACUUGUUGUGUGUUUUUAUGUUUUUAUCUGUGUUGUAAACACCUGCAGAUGUGCUGUAGGAUAACUGGAUAUUUUUUGAGAAUUGGUGUAGGUUUCCAGUUUUUUUGGGUUUUUGGGGUUUUUUUUAUUUGCCCAUUUCUCAUCAGUUUGAACAUAAUUAAUCAGAUUCCUCUUUGGCUAAAUCUGGAUAUUUUUUAAAAAUGAGAAUUCUUUUCAUUCUCAAAAUCAGAGCAAUGUUGAAGGCCAGAUUUCCUCAAAUACAGACUUGUGAAAUGCAUUUAUGUCCAGAAAUUAUCUUAUGUCUUGUGAAGAACAGAGUUUGUUGUAAAUGAAAUAUAGAUGAAUACUGUACUUAUUUAAAUAACAUUGUUUACAAUUUAAACAACACAAGCUCAUACGACUUUACUAAAGGAAGAAAUUUUGUUUUGAAAGUUGGUAGAGAACCGAACAUACUGCCAAUGGGGAAACAAAUAACCAACAGACAUCAUCCCCACAUCUAGAGUUCUAGGGAAGAGUGGUCUGCUUGAAUUCACCCACCUUGUCACUUAGAUUUAUCAGCCUAUUUACAGGUAAAGCUAGUCCUCCUAGAUGACUGGUACAGAUAAGAUCAAUUCUCUCUUACGUGUUAACAUUACAUGUAGUCAGCCCUAACAGUUUUUCGAUUGGUAUGUAGUUGGAUAUAGCCUGAUACAGUCCUUUAAUAGUUUCAGAACUGCCGACUAUAGAGUGUAUAGUGAAUACAUGUAGAUGGCUUUAGCCAGGUGUGUCCAAGUGAUAUUUAUGUAAAGGUCUGCUGUCCAUAGUGUGACUAACAAGAAUUUGACUAUUAUCAAUUAAUUUACAGGGAAAUAAAGACAUAUCAAGAUAACCUGUAUCUUUUGUUAAUACAGGGGCGUCCUCCUUAAACUAUAGGGAGUCAUAGCUGGCUAAUGUUACAUGCUUGUAGAACAUGUUUGUGAUUAUUUGUAUUUUGUAGUACAUUCUUAUUUUUCCUAUCUUGAUCUACACUGUCAAUCAAUUAUAUGCUUUUAAAGGAAAUGUUGAGAAUCUGAAGUGAUUUCAUUUUGUCAUUGGUAUGGAGAAUGCUUAUGUAAUUUGUAAAAUGUCUUUUCUGUAAAUCACCAUUAGAUUUAUACAAAUGUAUGUUGAUUUAAGAUUAAAUCCAUAUAAAUAAUACCUCAGGUAAUACCAAAUCCACCCAUGAAAUUUCAUGUUGAUUAUGUAAUUCAAACAUUAAAUGAUAGAAUAUAGGUACAUCAUGUCCUUAUGAUUGAUGAGAUUAGAUAUGAUAAAACAUAUGGGUAAGGUUAAGUAGGUAAAUCACAACAUUAUAUUUAACUUAUGUAUCCAGAACUUGUCAAAUUUUAUAUGAUAUAUCCAUCUUAAAGAUUGUCAUGCAUUGUGGCAGGUGUGUUUUCUGCUUAUUGUUCUCAAAUAAAAAGUAUAUAUUUACAAG